AUGAUCCCCAUGGCUCAGAUGCCGCAACAAGCUGGCGUUUGGAGUCCCCAAGAUGACUGGACGGGCAUCAUUGAUCGAACAGAACGAAGAAAAUUGCAGAACCGGAUUAAUCAACGGUCAUAUCGGCAAAGGCAGCUACGACGACACAAAGCUGACCAACCACCGGAAGGAAAUAGCGGUGCAGUUAUCGUCUCUCGCCCUUAUGACCACGGCAAUGACGAUAGAACUUCGGACGAGUUUCAGUGCACACUGGGAGUGCACCUCUACUCACUGAUGCGCGAUUUUGAAAAGUUAGCCCUGGAAAGCUAUUCAAAGAACUCACCGAACCAGGACCACCUUCUGAGUCUACCAAAAUACAACAUCCAGCGUGCUAUCAUUGAUAACACAGUCGCUAUGGGCAUGACCAUGGAGUGGAUGAAUGACGAUGACGCCGUAUCCAUCUUUAACAUGCUGGCCCCAGGGAUCUCUGAGGCCCAUAUUCCAGCAAGUCUCCGGCCAACAGUUGUUCAGCGGCGAAUACCCCAUCAUCCGUGGCUGGAUUUCUUCCCAUUUCCUAAUCUGCGGGAUAACCUUAUCGCUGUGCAGGAUGAAAUUGAUGACGAGGAGUUGUGCCAUGAUCUGAUGGCUUUCUGGGAUACGCGUAACACGAGCCCUAUGUUGUUGGUCUGGGGUCCGUCCUGGGUGCCGGAGAACUGGGAGAUGACACCAGCGUUUGUAAAGAAGUGGGGGUUUCUACUAGGUGGCUGUGAGGAGUUAUUACAGAGUACUAAUUCUUGGAGAUUGAAGCGGGGAGAGCGGCCGUUGUUUAUCAGACCACUUCUCCAGGCUAGGAUACUUGAGGAAAGAUAA